AACAUUCUAUCUGAUAAUCUUUCAUGUUUUAAGUUUUAAAUUGAUAUUAGUUCUUUAUUCUAUGAAUUAAAUACAUUAAACUAUACAGGAACUCAAGCAACAUGAUCAACCUACCUAUUGAAAUCACCACUCUAUUUAACCCACUCAUUCCACACUCACUACCACCACCACCAUCAUGGGCGCCAGCGUAAUCGAAUCCUCCGAGUUCAUCAAAGUCCUCUCUGACGGCUCCGUAGAGCGGUUCACACCCGAAAGGGCUCCGCCCUCCCUUGACCUAUACAAUGGUUACAAGUGCAAAGAUGUUACCAUAGACCCUUUAAAGGCAAUAACCGCACGAAUUUUCAUCCCCUCCACUGCUGCGACCACCAUGUUACCGGUCUUGGUAUAUUUCCACGGUGGCGGUUUUUGCAUUGGCUCCACCACAUGGCUAGGCUACCACCAUUUCCUUGGAGACCUUUCAGCCACUUCCGAAUCCAUCAUCCUAUCCGUAGACUACCGCCUAGCCCCAGAAAAUAGGCUACCAAUUGCAUAUGAAGACUGCUACACUUCUCUCAUUUGGUUGAGCCAGCAAAAACCAACCGACUCUUGGCUCCAAAAUGCCGAUCUUUCUCGGGUUUUUCUUUCAGGAGAUAGUGCCGGAGGUAACAUAGCUCACCAUGUAGCCCUUAGAGCAAUUCGGGAUCAAGAAUGUCCGGUUAGAAUCAUUGGAAUAAUACCGAUUCACCCUUACUUUGGUAGCGAGAAGCGGACUGAGUUAGAGACGAGAAAGGGGUCAACUGAUGAGGUGAGGUCCAAUGAUAUGUUUUGGAGGCUGAGCAUACCCGAGGGCUUGAACCGGGACUAUGACGGUUGCAACCUCGAACAGAUGAAGGUGUCUAUGUCCGAAUGGAGCCGGUUUCCUAACGUGCUCGUUUUCGUGGCGGAGUUGGAUUUCUUGAAAGAAAGGGGAGUGACGUAUGCCGAAUUUCUGAAGAAAAAAGGCGUAAAGAAAGUGAAACUCGUUGAGACAAAAGAUGAAAAACAUGUUUUUCAUGUCUUUCGCCCGGAUUCUGAGCCGACUAGGUUGUUACAGAAGCAAAUGAAUGACUUCAUACACAGCGUUUAAGUUGACUCAUUACAGAAAAGCCUUGAAUCACAUCUUUUCCGAUUCGAAGAAUAAAUACAAAAACUGAAAUAUGUAACUUAUUUACAUAUUAUGCACCUAUGAUUGAACUUUUUACAUACC